AUGUGGUUUUGGGGAGGAGGAAGUGGAGGCUUCUCCACGGGAGCUCUGAAAGACGCCGGCAGCCACCAUGGAUCGAGCAAGCACGACUUCUACACUGAAGGACAUCUGCAGGACUUGUUUGAUUCACUGCAUGCAUUCGAGACGAUCGAUGAUCGCAACCGAGAUGCAGCCGUGGAAAUUCUGCGUCAAAUUGCGGAACUUUUGGCGUGGGGAGAGCGCCACAAAAACGAGGCCUUCUUCGACAUCUUCUGCGAACAAAAUAUUCUUUCCUAUUUCGUCGACAUCGUCAGCCAGCCUCGAGUGGCCAACGCAGUCAAAGUCCAGCUUCUCCAAACCCUCAGCAUUCUCGUACAAAACACCCACCGAAAAACAGCUGUCUAUUACCUCUUCAGCAACAACUACUUAAAUACGCUUCUCAGCACGACGUACGACUUCAGCAAUGAGGAGGUGGUUGCGUGGUAUGUGUCGUUCAUCAAGGGGCUCUCGCUCCUCGUGAACCACGACACAGUCAAGCUCUUUCUGAAUCGACGAGCGCCCAGUUUUCCGGUCUUCAGCGAGGCUGUGAAAUUCUUCAUCCACAGAGACUCUAUGGUGCGAACUCAUGUCCGGACUGUCACGCUCAGCAUCUUCAAAAUCCGCGAACCCAUCGUCGAAGAGUUCAUCGUCAAGCGCUCGGCCUUUUUCUCGCACAUUGCGUGCUAUCUGCGUGUGCAGUGGGCGGAGCGCUGUCGCAGCCUUCGCGCCUGCCGUAGACGCUCCUCUUCCGGUUCGCUUCGGCCGCACCUGUCGCCUCGCAACCCCGCUUCUUCACCCGGUGCGUCUCGCUCAGCGGCAGGGACCACAAACACGGCGUGGACAGCGUCCAGUCUGUCGUCCCUUCGAAGUGGAUUUGCAGAGUGCGAAGAAUUCCUCUAUUACAUUCAAGACAUCUUUGGCAUCGGGGUCGAGGCGUACAACGCGAUCCUCGUUGAACGCCUCCUUCUCUACACCUACUUGCCUGUUCUCGUCGGCUGCCUGUGUCGAGCGACGCCACCUGUGGCAACUGUUCGACGCUUCGCCUUUCCCGAUGGUCAGCCUACGUCGACUGUCUCUACACCCGGCGGAGGCGACAGGGCGCGAGGGAAUGGCGGAUGCUGUCCCUCGUCGCUUGCUCGUCGUCUGCUCCGCCGCGACGGCGCAACUGACCCAUCUAGCCGGGAUCUGAGACGUCGCUCGGACGGCCGAGAAGCUCAUGAUUCCCAGACGUCCUGGCCACUUCCUUUCCCCUCGACUCGGCAUCCGAGAACGCCUCCCAGCUCUUCAUCUGUCCUUCCCCAGACUCCCUCGCCCUCUACCUGUCGCCCGAGGCCCAGAAGAAAGGAUCCUCGUCAAUCGCCUUCUUCUCCGUCUUCUCCUCCAUCGUCGUCUUCAUCUCUGUCAUCUUCUGCUCCAUCUUCUUCUCCAUCCUCUUGUCCCUCGUCCGUUCUGGCAUCUUUUUCGAAACGAAGCCGACAAAGGGGACGAGACGAGCGCCUGGCGUCCCGCGAGUUCUCGCGGUCUCGCCAUCGCGACAGCAGCACGAGUCGAAGCAGGCGGUCGACGACGCUCGACGCAGAUGGCAAGGAGCCUCUGUAUUCUCCGAAAGGGGGCGAAAAAACCCACCGCCACCGCCUGCGCAAAGCGCCGUCGUCUCGAACGGACAAGCAAGUCUCUGCGACAGACCCAUCGAUGUCACAAGGUCCAGGACAGAAGCCGAGCGAGAGGGAGACGUCGCAAGCGGCCAGCGAAGAUGAAGAACCGAGAGAGAGGCGAGGCGACGGAUGCGAGAAGAUAACGUCCGAAACACGGCAGCAAGCAGAAGCAAGAGGCGCAGAGGGUCAAAGCCAAAGAGGACUUGACAAUCUCGACCGUCACGGCGACAGCCGCUUUGUGGAGCAGGAAGAAGGGAGGCACCGGAAGCGUCGAGCCGACGCCAAGCUGGAAGUGACCACGACUUCCCUCAUAGGCAAGGGGAGAAAGCGAGAAGACAGGAAUGACUCGGGACAGCCUGCAGAGGCAGGCGAGUCGCCAGAGUGUGUGGAACAAGACGCGGGGCGCGACGGCGAAACGCUGGAGAGAGAGAGAGGGACGGCGAACGAGACGCGUGGGAGAGGUGGCCUUCGCGAGGAAAAGGAGACAGAGUCAUCUGGACUGCCCUCAAGCGCAGAGGAACGGCGGCGUGAGUCUGUGGACGCUCCGCGAGACGCCUCGAGGGCUGCGUCGAGCAGCGUCGAAUCGCGGCGAGCUCAAAAGAAACAACAGGAGAGACGAAGCCCGAGGGACGAAUCCGGGGAGCGUCUGGAGGGUUCUCUACCCUUCUCCUUUGCGUCGUAUGCCUCGCCAGGCCGCGCAUGCAAAUCUGGACGAGAGAGUGUGGGGAGCGGUCCCGAUGCACCGGGAGAUGACACCCAACAGCUCGUGGCGCUCUACCUGCUUACCCAGUCGUUCCAAACGAUCCAGAACCCCGAUCUUCUGCGGCCUGUUCUCGCUCUUCUUCUCCUCCCUCGCGUGCCGGCGUCGCUCCUGCGUCUUUGUUCUUCUCAGUCGCCUGCGACGCCCGCUACGUAUGUGGCGUUGGAGAACCCGGCGCAGUGCGCAGGAAGGGUGGAUCUAUUUUUGCCUGAGGACGAGGCCUGCGGAGAGGCGGAACGCGCGGGAGAGACAGAGGCCAGAGAGCGCGAAGUUGAGCUCGGCCGUCGAGGCGAUCCGGGGGGACGAGGAGGAAGAAGGGGAUCGGCGGAGGACGAGGGAAACGGAUCGAGACGAGACGGGAUGGGGGCCGAGUCGCAACUCGGCUCUGCCUGGACGGCGACCGAGGGAAAACAGACACAGGGCCGAGAAGACAGUGGAGGGAGUCGGAAAGGCGCGACAGCCAGAGCUGAGGAAGGGCUGGAGCCGAGUCACGACAAGCAAGGCGAGACCAGCCAGACCCCAACGUUGACAGAUGCUGAGCACGAGGAGUUCCAAGACCCCAGUGGGUCGCGUUCUGCGUCAGCGUCGCGCCCGCCUCUCUUCGCUUCCUUCUCAUUCCAGCGGGGAGGCAGCUUGUCGACUGGCCGACAGACCCCAGAGGGCGGUCGCGAGGGAGAGGGCCUUCUCGCGCAGUCUCUCAGCCGAAGGGACGACGCCGGCGCUUCGCGGCGUGCCUCGUGUUUUUUUUUUUCUUCGCCGCCCACAAAGCCGAGGAAGACUGCCUCUCUCAGCUCUCUCCGAGCCUCGAGGGCCUUUGGGUUCAUGCAGGCCUGCUCGGGGCGAGGCGCUGCAGGGGCGGGGAGGCAAAGACGAGCCGAGGAUGGCGAUGACGCGCCGGAAGGAAGUCGCAGAAGUGGGCCGAGUUUCGCCGAAGAGGCGGGAAACGAUCAAGGGGACGACCGAAACGAGGGCUCCGGCAGCUGCCCUCGGCUCCAGUCCCCUUUCGGUGCGUCUGAAAGCGAGCGAGAAGACUUCACGGCGUCGUUUCCCUCCGCAGCUUCGAUUGAUGCCGCGACUUCCCAGUCGCUCUCGUCUGCGGCGCUCAUCGCCUCUCGGCGACCGGUUCUGCAGCUCGCGCAGAAACAGAUCCAACGCGCAUUCGAGGAGCACGUUUGCUUCCCGUCUUCGGGUGACGAAGCGCCCUGCGCGUCAGGUGCGGGGCGAAGGCGACGACCUCGGGGACGGGAGAGGCCUGCGCGGGAGACCGUCUCGGCCGUGUGGGGCGUGCCUCGCGAAAAGACAGGAGACAGAGAAGAGGCGAACGCUGCGACAGAAGACCCGCAACAAGCGCGACGCGAACGCAGACAGGGCGGGCCGCGCCGAGAGCAGUUUGCAGGAAACGGUCUUGCCCGAGAAGACAGUGAUGACACCGCGUGGGUAGCGAAUCCGUAUCGGCGGUCGCUGGAACAGUUUGUCGGCGCGGAUUCUGCGCUGAGGCGACGGGACACGGCAAUUCUACUCGGCGGCACUCUGCUGCAUGCAGUUCUCUCCCACCCAGCAGUCACCUCGUUUCUUUCUCGUUUCGCAGGUCUUCUUGCAAAAUGCCGGAGUGCUGCCUUCUCUGCGCCCAACGAGAAGUCGAAGCGUGUAAGUGCAUGCUCCCUUCUCUUGGGCUGUUUUUCUUCUUCGGCCUCUGUGUCUCUAGCUGUGCCGGGCUCUUCUCAUGAAAGAGCUCUGCAUGCGCCGACUGACUGCUGUUCGGAUGGCAGUUCGGCUUUCCUCGCUUUUGUUUUGCCUCCUGUCUCUCCCGGGGUUCAAAUUCAACACCGGAGAGGCGCCCACUGCCCAGAUGGCGAUUGA